CCGAGUCAGGCAUGGAGUGACACUUUCGACGUGACCUACGAUCUUGCACAUUCUGCUUUUAAUGUUAUUUUAAAACAACAACAAAAAAUUAAAAAAAAAGAAUAUUAAGGGUGUGAUUCGUGCUGAGACUACUGCUGGGACUCGAGCCUUCGUCGGACAUUUAAAUUCUCUCCUGGCUGCUCCCGGGGUCUGCCUGACAAUGAGCCCCACGACGUCUGUCAUUUGUAAAAUCUUAUUAGAAGGGGCAGCGAGAGGACUCGUUUGGGAGGACUAGACGCGAAGGAUCCGCACCGGCGUGAAUCAUGCCCUUGCCCUUCGGCUUGAAGCUCAAGCGCACAAGGAGGUACACAGUUUCCAGCAAGAGCUGCUUGGUCACCCGCAUCCAGCAGCUCAAUGGCGAGUUUGUGGAGUUCACGCUGUCGGUGGAAAGCACGGGCCAGGAAUGUCUGGAGGCAGUCGCUCAGAGGCUGGAGUUGAGAGAGAUAAUGUUCUUCAGUCUAUGGUACCUGAACAAACAGAACCAGCAGAGGUGGAUUGACCUGGAGAAGCCGCUGAAGAAGCAGCUGGACAAAUACGGCGUCGAGCCCACCGUCUACUUCGGCGUGGUGUUCUACAUCCCCAGUGUCACGCAGCUGCAGCAUGAAAUCACGAGAUAUCAGUAUUAUCUACAGUUGAAGAAGGAUGUGCUGGAGGGCCGCAUCUCGUGCACUUUAGAACAAGCUAUUCGUUUGGCGAGCCUUGCCGUGCAAGCGGACUUUGGAGACUUUAAUCGCUACGAUUCGCAGGAUUUUCUCCAGAAGUUUGCGCUGUUCCCUAUCGACUGGAUCCAAGAUGAACGGGUGCUGGAGGAGGCUACUCAGAAAGUGGCCCUUCUCUAUCAGUCUUACAGGGGUUUGUCGUCCCCAGAGGCCGAGAUGUUGUACAUGCAAGAGGUGGAGAAAAUGGAGGGCUACGGCCAGGAGAGCUACCAAGCCAAGGACAACACGGGCACGGAUGUGACGUUGGGCUCCUGCCUUGACGGGAUCUUUGUGAAGCACAAAAAUGGCAGGGCUCUUCAUUUAUUCAGGUGGAAUGAAAUUAACAACAUGAGUCACAACAGGUCUUUCUUUGCCUUGGAGUUCCUCAACAGAGAGGAGAGUGUCCAGUUCCAGACCGAAGACAUGGAAACUUCCAAAUACGUGUGUCGCAUGUGUCUGGCCAGACUCAAGUUUUAUAAGAUCAACAAAAGCAGCCUACAAUCGCAGCCUGCAGUCAUUAACCCAGUCAGGCGGAGGUCAUCGACAAGAUUGUCGUUGCAGCCAAAGCCUCAGGGCUACAUGUUGCCCCCACCACAAAUGCACUACAAUGGGCAUUUCACAGAACCUUACACCUCAUCACAAGACAACCUGUACAUGAACAGCCAGAACGGUUACUACUACCACUCCCAGACCAGCUUGGACUGCCCACCGAUGGAGUACGGCAGCGGCGGGCGCCUGCGUAACGGCAGCGUAUACAGUGCCCACAGUACCAGCUCCCUGACGAACCCCCAGCACUACCUCCAGCCCUCCCCCAUGUCCUCCAACCCCUCGAUCACCAGCGACAUCACCCGGCCCGACUACGUGCCCUCGCAUCGCCACAGCGCCCUCAUCCCGCCUUCUUACCGUGCCACUCCCGACUACGAGACGGUAAUGAGGCAGAAGACCCGGGGGGGCGGGGGCAUGCUCUUAUCCCAGGAGCACCGUCAGAGCCACUCCAUGAGGAAUCUCAACAUCGGGCAUUCGUACGCUUAUAGCAGGCCGGACCCACUUGUUUACAGUCAGCCCGAGAUUAGGGGAGAGCACGGCGGCGCCGCCCAGCACCACCACCACAAUCCCUUCCACGUGGGCUCCAGCUUUCACAGCCCGUCGCCGUACCACCCUUACCCCAUUGAGAGGAGACCCGUGGUUGGAGCAGUCAGCGUUCCAGAGCUCACCAACGUCCAGCUACAGCAGGCCCAAGAGUACCCGGCCCCCAACAUCAUGAGGACGCAGGUGUACAGGCCGCCUCCGCCAUACCCGUACGCUCACCCUCGGCCCGCCAACAGCACGCCGGACCUGUCGCGCCACCUCUAUGUCAGCAGCAGUAACCCGGACCUGAUCAUCACGCGCCGAGUGCACCACUCGGUCCAGACUUUCCAGGAGGACAGCUUGCCUGUGGCUCACUCCCUGCAAGAGGUUUCCGAGCCUCUUUUCAGCGGAGCCGCCCACAGACCGCCUUACCAAGCGCAGAAGCGAAACUCCAUCGAAGUCGCCGGGCUGGCACAGAGCCUGGAGGGGAUGCGGCUGAAAGAGCGCCACGUGUCCUCUUCCGCAGCCGAAGCCGCGACGCCUCCUCCGGCCCCGCACGGAGGUCGCUCGCAGGGCUCCCAGCUCAACGUGUUUUUGGAGCGCGCCAAGACGGAAGACAGGGGCGACGCCAAGGACGCGCAGUACGGACACAAGAAAUCCCUCUCCGACGCCACAAUGCUUGUGCACAGCAGCGGCGAUGAGGAGGAGUUUGAGGACAAUUUAGGGCGCCACACUCCGCUCUCUCAUGGCCCAAUAGCUGCCAUCAUCCCAGAGCAGCCUCUGCAUCACACCUUCCCAGCUCCUCAACAACAGAACCCCCUUGAGCCGCCCCCCGCGUAUCCCAUCGGCUCGACGCUGGACCCCUCGCUAGCCGCCGCCCUCACCUACAAGGUGCACCCCCUGAUGCACGAGACCGAGCCACUGUACCUGCGCGAGAUGCGACAACCCAGAAUCAUGCCCUCCGUCUCGGAGGGAGACCUCAGCGGCGAGGCGAAGACCAAGUCCAAGAAGGACUUCAAGAAGAGGCCCGUGUCUGAUGUCCCUCAGGCCAAGAAGACCAUCGAAGGUUUACCUCCUCCCGGCAUGAAGAAGAGCGUGCGGUCGGACUCGAGGAAGACGGGCCCCCUGAAAGUGGCCCAUCUCAACGGCGUGUCGAUAUCCAGGCACCCGGCGCAGAGCGACGUCAAGGACGAGCCCGAACAGGAUUCGAAUGACGAGAGGUGCAAAAUCCUGGAGCGGCACAUGGAGAUGGGCGAGCUGCUGAAGGAGUACGAGAGCAUCCCCAAGUGCCGCCCGACGGCCGAGUGCACGGUGGCGCAAAUGGCGGAGAGCGCGGACAAGAACCGCUUCCAGGACGUGUUGCCCUACGACGACACCCGCGUGGAGCUGGUGCCCACCAAGGAGAACAACACGGGCUACGUCAACGCGUCGCACAUUAAAAUCACCGUCGGAGGACACGAGUGGAAUUACAUCGCCAGCCAGGGUCCCCUUUCCAACACGUGCCAGGACUUCUGGCAGAUGGUGUGGGAGCAGGGCGUCGCCAUCAUCGCCAUGGUGACCGCCGAGGAGGAGAGCGGGCGAGAGAAGAGCUUCCGCUACUGGCCCCGGCUGGGCUCGCGGCACAACACGUUGACCUACAACCGCUUCAAGAUCACCACGCGCUUCCGCACCGAGUCGGGCUGCUACGCCACGACGGGCCUGAAGAUCAAGUACCUGCAGACGGGCCAGGAGCGGACCGUGUGGCACCUGCAGUACACGGACUGGCCGGACCACGGCUGCCCCGAGGAUUUCAAGGGCUUCCUGACCUACCUGGAGGAAAUCCAGUCGGUGCGGAGGCACACCAACAGCAUCAGCGAGCCAAAGAACAGCAACCUGCCCGUACUGGUGCACUGCAGCGCCGGAGUGGGCCGCAGCGGCGUGGUCAUCCUGGCCGAGAUCAUGAUCGCCUGCCUGGAGCACAACGAGAUGCUGGACAUGAAGACGGUCCUGCUGAAGCUGCGCCAGCAGAGGAUGAUGAUGGUCCAGACCCUGUCCCAGUACACCUUCGUCUACAAGGUGCUGGUUCAAUACCUGCGCAACUCCCGCCUCAUCUGAGAACCCGCGAAAAUGCGCUCCGUGCUACUUCUUGGCUGACCCACCUCUUCUCAACAGUAUUAUGGUAUCGUUUUUGUUUUUUUUUAAUUUUAAUAUAUAUAUUGAUUAUUGCUGGACGAAGCACUUUGAGCAGUCGUGUGCUGCGUCAAAUACAUGACGACCGACGUGACCUAUUGACAAACGAAGCACAAAAGGUGACAAAUGAAGGAAAACGCGAGUAAAGCGAGAUCUUUGUAAGUUUUAAACUUGAACAGUUUUUUUUUUUUAAUUUAAACAUUUGAUUAAGUGCCUGCAGACUGUAUUUUUUUUUUUUUUUUUU